GGCAAGUACAACAACGAAAUAACGUACGGCUAAGCCAAACAGUUGCUUCCACUGUACUAGUAACGCACUUGUUGCGAGAAAGUCAGCAGGUAUCUCAAAGAUAAGCUAGGGAGAGACUUUACUUGAAGAUGAGCAAGCUCAGCGCAACUCAAGCUCAAGCCGGAACUAUCGAGUCCAUUGGCCAAGAGAAUGAUGGCAAGGGAGUGACUGCAGAUGAUGCACCUCCACAGAGAGAGCAAUGGAGUAGCAAGUUGGAUUUCUUACUCGCGCUGAUUGGGUUCUCCGUCGGCCUUGGCAAUGUGUGGAGGUUUCCGUACUUGUGUUAUAAAAAUGGAGGAGGUGCGUUCCUCAUCCCGUAUCUGAUAUGUCUGGUUAUUGGAGGUGUACCUCUACUUCUCUUGGAGCUAGGACUGGGUCAAUUAAUGGCCCAGGGGGGCAUCGGUGUCUGGAAACUUGCCCCACUCUUCAAGGGUAUAGGAAUAGCAAGUUUUGUUAUAGUAACACUGCUCAACAUCUACUACAACGUGAUCCUAGCUUGGUCGCUUUACUACUUGUUCAUGUCCUUCGCUGCUGUGGUGCCAUGGUCCCACUGUAACAAUCCCUUCAACACAGAUCUCUGUAAAGAUCCAACUGGGUAUGGUGUACAGGGAACUGACCUCUGGAGAUGCGAUUACAUCAAUAAGAAUGAGACAUAUCCAACUGAUGUUCCGUUAAUAACCGACUUGACAAAUGCCACUGAUGACCAGCUGAAUUGUACAGUGAUUGGAGCCACGAACAGAACAAGCUCUGUGACAGAAUUUUGGGAACGUAAGAUCUUACAGAUUCAUCUAUCAACUGGGCUGGAAGACAUCGGUGGAUUUAACUGGCAGUUGACGCUGUGUUUACUGCUAGCUUGGGCCUUGGUGUAUUUAUGUGUCUUCAAAGGAGUCAAAAGCUCAGGGAAGGUAGUAUAUUUCACUGCAACAUUCCCGUAUAUUUUCAUCACCAUUCUCUUCGUGCGGGCUAUAACUCUUGAGAACGCCGUGGAAGGAUUGAAGUUCUACGUGGAACCCAAUGCCACCAGGUUAUUGGAUGGCAAGGUGUGGCUUGAUGCUGCUACCCAGAUCUUCUUUUCCUACUCUCUGGGGCUUGGUAACAUGGCUGCAUUAGGUAGCUACAAUGCAUACAAUCACAACUUCUUCAGGGAUGGCAUCAUAUUUGCAGUAGUAAACAGCGGCACGAGUCUGUACUCAGGUGUAGUGAUAUUCGCAGUGCUUGGAUUCAUGGCUGGACAGCAGGGUGUACCGGUGGCGGACGUAGUAGAAUCAGGUCCUGGUCUUGCUUUCAUAGCCUACCCAGAAGCCGUUGUCCAAAUGCCAAUCACUCCACUCUGGGCCAUCUUGUUCUUCGUCAUGCUUCUACUGCUCGGUAUCGACAGUGAGUUUGUAGGCGUUGAAGGAAUGAUAACUGCCAUUAUUGACUUCUUCCCUUCGAUGCAAAGAGGCAACAAACGCCCUUUAUUCGUCUUAGGCAUUUGUACUAUGCUGUUCCUGGCAGGUCUCCCAAUGACGUGUCAUGGCGGUAUGUACGUGUUCCAACUAUUUGACAACUAUGCUGCAAGUGGUUUUGCGUUAUUAUGGGUGGCCUUUUUUGAAGCUACUGUCAUUGGAUGGGUGUACGGGGCUGAAAACUUAUACCGUGAUUUUGAGGACAUGUUGGGCUGGCGUCCCAAUCCUUAUCUGAAAAUAUGCUGGAUGGUCGUUACGCCUGUCUUCACACUGGGUAUUUGCAUCUUCAGCUUAGUGAGUUAUCGGCCAUUAGAAUUUGGCGAUUACUCGUACACAGAGGUUGGCCAGGCCAUUGGCUGGCUCAUGGCUCUAGCAUCAAUGGUUCAAAUUCCAUUCUUUGUUGUGUAUCAGAUGAUUAUGGCACAAGGAAGCCUAAAAGAGCGUUGGGUUUUACUUACAACUCCUAAACGGACACCACGCAGUGACAAGUUACCCAUUCAGGUAUUGCAAACUAGCGCCCCUUUUGGAAUAGACAAUGUGAACAUGGAGUUGCCAUCUUACGAUGAGGUCAACAUGUAAGACGUCCCUGUACAAUACAGUAUUGUAGCCAGCAGGGCAGAUUUUAAUCGAAAUAAAGAUGAAUUCUAUUUUUAGUUUAAUUACAUUAUUUUAUACACACAUUUUUUGUAGUUUUAUCCUAGUUAUUUUGAAAAUAAACUCAUAGUUUUGUUCAAUUACUACAAUGCCUAUGCUAAGUUUUGAUAUUGGUUUAUUGGUUAAUUGAUUUGAUUUAUUCAAUGUGGUUUUUGUCGACGGGAAAACUAGGUGGUGAAUUCGCGGUUACCAUGAAUCUCUUUAUAGGCAGCUUUGGUAACCGGCCGAUUGGCUUCUUUUGAUUAUUAUAACACCCCUUGCAAGUAUACUGCCUGCUCAUUGGUUUAGAGCGCGUCACAUGACAUGUCUUAGUU